UGAAGUCAUCAUUUUGAAAUCUCUCCCUCUAUGCUGAAACGGAACGGAUCUGAUCUGAUCCACGUGCGGGUUCAUCUGAGCCGUUGGCGGCGAGAUCGGACGGCCCAAGAAAGGCCUCGCGGCCGCAACGAACCGGAUAAACCCGGGCCUCCGUCCCCAUUGGACCCGGUUGAAAACCCCACGGGCCAUCCCGAUCUGUGCCAGGUCAGCAGCCUAUCCGGGCCCACACGCAUAGGACAUAGCUCCCCCUACCCAUCAACUCACACCAAUACUUUUACCCAACCCCACCCACUUCCACGUGGGUCCCAUGACUCGCCUCAGGUUGUGGGCCCACCAUGUCAGCCUCAUUUCACCUGCCGGGUAGAGCCGCGAGUCGGGACCAAACAAAACCGGGCCCCUUUUACAUCGGCCCGGUGUAAUAAAGAAGCGAAGGAAGCAGCCGGAAUCCAGUUUUCUGUGUCCGGCUCGGCUCGUCGGCGACGCCUCGCACCGUCGCCGCUCACCGGCGCUCCUCCGCCGCCGCUCGCCGCCGGAGGAGGGAUAGAGUGCUCGUCGGUGCGGUUUGAUGGAAAUGGCCCCCGCGGCGCAGGUGGCGUCGAACCCGCGGACGGUGGAGGACAUCUUCAAGGAUUACUCGGCGCGGCGCGGCGCGCUCGUCCGCGCGCUCACCUCAGAUCUAACGCUAGGCUUCGCGUCUGUCUGUCUCUCGUGUGCUGCCGUGCAGAUGUGGACGAGUUCUUCGGGCUCUGCGACCCAGAUAAGGAGAAUUUGUGCCUGUACGGCCUCGCCAACGGGAGCUGGGAGGUGGCGCUGCCGGCGGAGGAGGUGCCGCCGGAGCUGCCCGAGCCGGCGCUCGGCAUCAACUUCGCCCGCGACGGGAUGAACCGCCGGGACUGGCUCUCCCUCGUCGCCGUCCACUCCGACUCGUGGCUCGUCUCCGUCGCCUUCUUCUUCGCCGCGCGGCUCAACGGAAACGAACGGAAGCGGCUCUUCAACAUGAUCAAUGAUCUACCUACUGUAUAUGAAGCAUUGGUUGACAGGAAGCACGUCAGGGAUAGGUCUGGUGUCGAUAGCAGCGGAAAAUCCAAACAUUCAACAAAGAGAACAGGCGAAGGGCAGGUAAAGCGCUCCAGGGUUGUCGCAGAGGAGUACGAGGACGACGACGAAGAACACAACGAGACAUUCUGCGGAACUUGCGGUGGCCUCUACAACGCGAACGAGUUCUGGAUCGGGUGCGACAUCUGUGAGCGGUGGUUCCACGGCAAAUGCGUCAGGAUAACCCCGGCUAAGGCGGAGCACAUCAAGCACUACAAGUGCCCUGACUGCAGCAGCAGCUCCUCCAAGAAAACCAGGCUAUAGGUUAAAUUGUGGUGUGUGCAAUCUCCUCUGACCAAUCUGAUCAAACGACAAUCUGUCCUGCCACUAGGAAAAAAAAGAUGGUGAAGCUGUUCUUCGGUCCAAUGUCGUAGCUUAGCUAGAUGUGAAGUCAUCUAGACAUUGUGCUGUGUGGUAGAUGAGGCAAAAAAGAGUGAACUGAAAAGACGGGAAAAACGUAUUCGAUCUUUAGCUUUGUUUUAUAAAUGUUUUCUUCAUUGUCACCGAUGUGCUUUGGGUUUUUUCA